UCUCUCUGAUCAUCGCAUUGUUUCUUUGUGAAAAUUUGAUUGUUCGUAUUUUGAUCUUGUUGCAGAUAUGACAGGUCGUGGUAAAGGUGGUAAAGGUUUGGGAAAAGGCGGUGCAAAGCGUCAUCGUAAAGUUUUGCGAGACAAUAUCCAAGGAAUUACCAAGCCAGCUAUACGUCGUCUUGCCAGAAGAGGUGGAGUGAAGAGAAUUUCGGGCCUCAUCUACGAAGAAACGCGCAACGUUCUUCGUGUUUUCUUAGAAAGCGUUAUUCGCGAUGCAGUUACCUAUACUGAGCAUGCACGUCGCAAAACAGUAACUGCAAUGGAUGUCGUAUAUGCUCUGAAACGUCAAGGUCGGACACUUUACGGAUUUGGAGGAUAAAUCUGUUUUCAACAAAGGGUGUUUUUGAACACCUUUCAUCGAUGGAACUUGUCCUCUGUUUAGUUUAUCUUACAAAAAAAUGGAUCCUAUUUCAAUUGUAGAUUUUCAAAAGAAACAAGCUACCGUCCUGUUGUUUCUUGUAUAAUUGUACAGUUGUGAAUAGUGUGUGAUAGGUUUGAAUGAUUGUGUUCAUUUGAAACAAAAAAAGGACGACAAAUAAUUCGUCAAAAAGAAAUGCUAGAUAAUUAUGCGACUCUUUGUAUUUUCUUUCUUUCUGAAUAAAUGUAUGUAGUACCUUGUUAUUCCUAGGACUGCAACUACAAUACUGAUGUGUUUAUAUUU